AUGUCCGCAUCUCUACCGGGAAGCCGGGAUUUGCCCGCCUCUCAGUACGAUCUUAGCACGUACUGGGGUCGAGUGCGACACUCCGCAGAUCUUGCGGAUCCAAGGACGCUUUUCGUCUCGUCCUCUGGUCUCGAACAUGCAAAGGCAAUGGUAUCUUCGUAUAAGACUGGGGGGCUCAAGUCAAUGACGCCAGACAUCUGGAAGGCGAAGAAGAUUGUGGAUUCCACGCUCCACCCUGACACUGGAGAACCAGUCUUUCUCCCCUUCCGCAUGUCGUGUUUCGUCAUUUCUAACUUGGUCGUUACGGCCGGUAUGCUUCAACCUGGACUGCAGACGACUGGCACUCUCCUCUGGCAAAUCGCCAACCAGUCUCUCAAUGUCGCUAUUAACAACGCCAACGCGAACAAGUCCACUCCUCUAUCCGCCUCCGCCAUGGCCAAGUCCUAUUUCCUUGCCGUCUCCGCCUCCUGCUCCGUCGCCUUGGGCCUGAAUGCCGUCGUCCCUCGUCUCAAGCGCGUUUCUCCCGGGACUCGAACCAUUCUUUCCCGACUGGUUCCAUUCGCCGCCGUCGCGACGGCUGGUGCUCUCAACGUUUUCCUCAUGCGCGGCGAGGAGAUCCGCCAGGGCAUUGAUGUGUAUCCUGUGCUCAGCGACGCUGACAAGGAGCGCAUCGAGAAGGAAGGUACCGAAGUCGCCAGCUUGGGCAAGAGCAAGAAGGCCGCCACGCUGGCCGUUGGCGAGACUGCCAUCAGCAGAGUGCUCAAUGCCACCCCGAUCAUGGUUCUCCCGCCCUUGAUUCUCGUUCGGUUGCAGAAGACUCAGUGGCUCAAGCACCGCCCCCGCAUGGUCAUCCCGAUUAACCUUGGUCUCAUCUUGACCACUUCCAUCUUUGCUCUUCCCCUUGCCCUUGCCGCUUUCCCUCAACGCCAGGCCGUCAGCGCUCAGAGUCUCGAGAAGGAAUUCUGGGAGAAGGGCGGAAAGGACGGCAAAGUCGAAUUCAAUAGAGGUAUCUAA